UUCGUCGUCCAGUUUGACCAUUUGAUUUUUUUUCUCCUCUUCUCUCGUUCAUUCUAUUACGAGAAAACCUCAUUCUUCAAGUCGUUCGCAAGAUCAAAAAUUAAAUGCAAUCGGUCUCGUUUUCGUCGGUUUCGCCCAUUAACUAUUUUAUGCGUGGUGCACUUUACAAGUGAAGGAAUUGGGCAAUCAUACCUGUUAUACCGAUCAUCUCAUUUGGCUCAACGAUUGCAACAUCAGGCCUUGAACUCUCAUCAUGUCUGACAAGCCUGUCUUUUUAGCCACGCACCCACGUGCUUGCUCCACUGCUUUUGAAAGGAUCUUCAUGACUCGUCGGGAUGUUCUUCAAUGUGCCCACGAACCAUUCGGUGACAGCUUCUACUACGGUCCAGAAAGACUUAGUGAGCGAUAUGCCAAUGAUGAAGCCGGCAGAGAGAGCAGUGGCUUUUCCAAGACCACCUAUCGUGAUGUCCUGAACCGCCUGGAAAGAGAUGGCAGCGAGGGCAAGCGUGUUUUCAUAAAGGAUAUGGCUUACUACCUGAUGCCACCAAAUGGAGCACCCCCUACAAUCGUCCCGUCUCUCAAAAAGAGCGACGAUUACGCCGAGAAGGGGAACCCAACGGUUGUUCCUUUAGAUAUUCUGAAGAAGUUCCACUGGACCUUUCUCAUCCGUCACCCGAGACGAGGGAUACCUUCGUACUACCGGUGUUGCGUGCCUCCGUUAGAUGAAGUCACUGGUUUCAAGGAGUUCAUGCCGAAUGAGGCUGGUUACGUAGAACUACGCCGGCUAUUCGACUACCUGCGAGAGCAGAAGAUGGUCGGACCAUGCAUGGCCGGGGAAUCGAACGGGAACAGCGAUGGAGAAAUCACCAUCACCGUCAUCGACGCCGAUGAUUUGCUCGACCACCCGGGACCCGUCGCCAAGGCAUUCUGCAAAGAGACCGGGAUCGAAUACAAGCCGGAAAUGCUUACCUGGGACGAUUCCGAUAACCAGCAAUACGUUUCUCAGGCGUUUGAGAAAUGGAACGGCUUCCACAACGACGCAAUUCACAGCAAGAGUCUCACUGCUAGGACCCAAGCUCACAAAACUGUCACCGAGGAAUCUGAAAAUGAGGAAUGGAGACAGAAGUUUGGAGAUGAGGCCCAGAAGGUGAUCAGAGCUUGCGUGGAUGAAAAUGUUCCACACUACGAGUAUCUGAAGUCUUUCGCUCUGAAGUUUUAGAUCGGGAUUUAUUUUAAUCUGUAAUGCCUGCCAGGUUAUGAUACAUAAAUGAUACAUCAAACGACAU